GUUACUUCCUCAUCUUAGCAUCCUUAGCAUCACACCAACCAUGUGCGCCACCAUCAGAACCAUAUCUGCCCUGGCGGUCAUCAUCUGCUUGUCUGCUGCUCAACUUAAUAAAUCACAGAGCUGUCUGUGUCAAGAUGCCGUCAACACAUUUCACCCAAAGGCUGGAAUCAAAGACGUCACCAUAUAUCCAGCCACCACCUUCUGCAACAAAGUGGAGAUCAUCGUCACCACAAAAAAUGGCUCUGAUUUCUGCUUGAAGCCCAAAGCGGUGCAACGUAUGCUCGCAAACCUGAUAAGAAGAAAGGCUCUAUCCAGCACAACUACUCCCACAGCCAGCAAAGGUUCCACUCCAGUCACUUCUACCACAACUCAACAAGCUUAAGAUGCUUAACAUUCAGUAUAUGUAAAUAUCCUGAUUGCUAUUUUUUUAAUUUUUAUUAUAUACACAUACAGUAAUAUUCCCUCCAGUGAAAGUUCUUCUGUCCUAACAAAAUGUGACUAAAUCAACCUUGCACUUUAUUUUUAAA